ACGUGCAGAGCGGUAAAAUUUGGAGAUUGGAAUUCCAAAGUCCGAAGGGAGAUUUCCAGCUGUGGCGUUCCCUUUGCUUUUAUUUUUGCCGCUCAUUCAUCAUUUCCUAUGGAAUGGUGGCUUGCAAUUUGCUCACAACGCAUUGAAUGAUUAAAAUACGCAUUUGUUUACAGACCUUUGAAGCUAUGGCGUGUUUACGAGAGGAGUACCUGAAUCUGUGUGAACAGCUCAACAUUGAGCCAGAGCCGAGUGUCAAGAAAGCUCUAAAAGUUGCCAAUGUGUCUGGAUGUCUUUCACUGAAAGGCGACACCAGUGCCAUGUCAGUGAUCACAUGCCAAAUCCUUGCCAAGAUCAUCGCAAACUCUCAGACCCUGUCCAAGCUGGACUUUUCCAACUGCAUGCCUCCCCAGGGCGGAUUUGCCGACUUGAUGAACGGCGUCGAGAAGAACAAAUCCGUCAGGGAACUGGACCUGAGCAGCAACAACCUCCAGGCAGGCGCCGCCCUGCAGCUCGCAAAGUACCUGAGACUGACCAGCAGUCUCGAAAGGAUUUUCCUGCAGUGGAAUUCCCUGGGCCAGGGCAAAGAUGCAUUUGCAAUUUUUUGUGAAUCACUCGGAGCCAACCAAAGUCUGCAAGAGCUUGACCUGAGAAACAAUAGCUUGACAGAAAUGUCCACGGAAGACUUGGUCCGUGCCAUCAAAGCCAACAAAUCAUUGAAAGCUAUUGACCUGAGAUGGAAUCAAUUGGGUCCUGGUGAAGGCCGAGUUUUACUUCAGGCCAUCCAAGAUUCGCCUCGUUUGACUUGCAUCCAGCUGGAUGGAAAUCUUUUCAAUUCAGAUUUGACUUUUGCAAUUGAAAUGGCUGCUUCACACAAUGCUGAUAUGAUUCAGCUCGCGCAGGAAUGGGAGGUUCGCUGCAAUAUUCUCACCAGACACACUUCUCAGCUUGAGAAGAGAGAUGAAAAAAGAGCGUCUGGUGUGAGAUAUCUUUUGCAGCAACAGGGCCAAAAACUGAAUGUCCUCAACAAGGAGCAGAAGAAUGAAAUGAUUAAGGUGGAGGAGCAGCUUUACGUGAAUAGAAGGCGCUUGGACACGAUGGAGUCCCUCGUACUGGACAAAGAAGAGCAAAUAGAGACACUUCAAGAGAUGAACAAGUCAAUUCAAGAAGAUAGAGAAUUGGAGCGUACAGAAUUGGCAGAGCAGUUGAACCUUCUGAGAGAUCAAUUGACGAGUGCUCAGAAUUUGAUUCACAAUCUGAAAUUGAAGAUGCAAGAGCAAGAGGCGGAGACAAAAGGACUGCAACUGGAAAACUCUCACCUCAAAGAUGGCAUGAUGUUGCACAACUCAAAGUGCGAGGAUGUGAUCAAAGCUGCCGAGGAAAGGGCGAUGUCUGCAAUUAAAAACGCCAGGCAAGAGAAGGCGCAUGCCGAGGAAGAAAUCAAGAAAAUGCAGAAAGGCUAUGAGGAAAAGUUGAAAAAACUGGACGCUUUGAGGGAAGAAAUGGAGAAGCGCAGCCAAGCUCAAAACCAAACCCACUUGGAGGCUCUCACUGCCAUGAAAAGUCAACUCCAAGAGCGAGAGGAAAAGAAUAUGGCAUCUUGGAAAUCUGAAAAGGCAGAACUCAAGUCGGCUUUAGAAAAGUGCAAAUCGCACCUAGAUUCGUUGCAAAAAGUUCUCCAAACCAAAACUGACGAUUUGGGAAAAUGUCAAGUCACCAUUGCUGAACUGAAACAGGUUGUGGCCAAAGAACAAGAGAAGAAUGAAAUCUUGAACAGAAAAUUGGAAGAUGCAGCGAGGCAAAGGGAGGAAGCCGAAAGCCUCAAAUCCCAAAUUUCUUCCAUCCAAUCUGAACUUACUUCCCUGAGAAAUGAAAAAGAUUCUCAGAUCAAGCAGCUUGCCGAGCUCGUGGCCACCCAAGAAAAGCACUUUGCAGACUUGAGAUUUGGUGAAGCUGAAAGGACUGGAAUUCUGUGCUCGGCAGUCAGCCAGUACAUUGCCAAAGUCGGUGCUUCCGUCGGAACCUCCGAGCACUGAUUUAUCUUUUUUUGCAGCAAAGAUAUGCGGACGUGUUUUGUGAAAGUCUUCAGGGAAGUGAUACAUCAUUUUUCAAUUUGUUUGCUUCACAAUGCUAUCUCUUGACACCGUAGACACGGGAGGGCGGGGUUUUCGAGACUUAAACAGUGAGAAACCAUUUGUUAUUCGGGAUUCCUAGGAAGCCGACCUAAUGUAAAUUAUUUUCCUGGAAAAGUUUGUGGCGCGCGAUAAUGCGAUAACAAAAGCGCUCCGUAAACUUCCAGGGAUUAUCUUCUGUUGUGUGUUGGCGCCGCCUGCAGCUUAAUGAAACUGUCAGCUGCGCACAAAACGAAAAGAAGAAGAAAAAAAUAUGCGUUAGAUUGUUUCAAUACCUGGAAUAAUGUGCACAGAGAGACGGUGAAGUUGCAAAGCAAAGAGUUAAAUAAUCAACUUGUAAUUAAUUCAUAGAAAGCCAACUGAUAUUUUAACAUUUGUCCAGUGCAGCCCUUUAUUUUGCUGACAAAAAAGUUCUGAACGCAAUUACUGCACAAAAUCCUUACUUAGAAUUGUUAUUGUUUUAUUUUCUUUAAUAUAAAGUUGAAGUAAUUUUGAAUGCGCUUGUUUCCGGGCGUUGUUUUGAAAGAGUUAUAACGACCGCGACCUAUUUUAUCUGAGU